UUACUUCUUCAUCUCUUCGUCUCUUUAGUUAUAUCUACUGUUAUAUCUAUAGUUUUAAGCUAUCUAUUCAUCGCAAUAAGAAGACAACACCGCUGCUUUCCCGACUUACCCGGCCUCGAAUAUCCCGAUCCUCCAUCGUGUUCCUGUUCUCUUCGCUCCCCGUCUGCUGCUCUCCACGUUCUCUUCCAACUAAACCACACUCUUUUUUCUUUACUUGCUGUUGUGUGUGGUGCGGUUGAAGCACUUGCUCUUUUAUAUGCGCGGCUGUGUCGAGCAUGCCUGGCCCUGCCGACUCGCUCUCGCCUCUGUCCGCCAAUAACCACUUCUCACCACCACCCCAGCUCACGCCCGUCACCGCGCUCUUGAAUCAUCCCUCUGCACUGCACUCUCCACAGCAGCAGCAAUACGCAGAAAUGGACAACUCCACAGACCCCACCACCGCGCUCCUCCACGCCUCCUCCCCGGCCUCGUCAACAUCCACCCCGACAUCAUCAACAGCCCACCCAAACCGCAUCAUCCGCCCGCGCAAGUCCCACGUCAAGUCCCGCAUGGGCUGCGGCAACUGCAAGCGCAGGCGGAUUAAGUGCAACGAGGAAAAACCGCAGUGCUAUAAUUGCAUCAAGCACGGCAUCAGGUGCGAUUAUCUCCAGACGGCCUCGGCGGGUGCGAGUCCGGGAGAGAGCGCGGCGGGGUUUCAGCAGCGGGGGGUGUGUAAAGCGGAAUCUGGAUCGCCGGUGUCGCCUGCUCCGGUCAUUGAUACCCAUCGCCAACUCCUAGUCCAACAACAGCAGCAGCAGCAACAGCAGCAACAGCAGCAACAACAGCAACAACAACAAGCCGACCUCGCCGACGCCGAGUUCUCAAAACUACACAUGGCGCAACUCGAGCUGCUCCACCACUUCCUCACCGUCACCGCACCGACAUUCACCGACCGCACCGACGGCGACCUAUGGCUGGUCCAGAUCCCGCGGAUCGCGUUCGGCCACGAGUUUCUCAUGUACGCCAUCCUCACUAUCGCGUCUACCCACAUGCGGUUCCUGCAGGAGCGCGCGCGCGAGACUACGAAUGGGAGUAAUUGUAAUGGCAGCACUGUUGCGGGCAUGCAGAGAUCGGUGUCGACCUCCUCGGCGGAGAAAGAACGCGCUCUGUACUUUGAACGCGCAGAGAUCUGGUACCGCCAGCGCGCGCUCGAGACCUUCCGCGCAGCAAUCAUGGGUCCCCGCGGUCCAGGAAAUCUCGAGGCGAUGACGGUCGCCGGCAGUUUAAUCGCGAUCCAGUCGUUUGCUUUCAAAGAGCGCGACGAGAGCGGCAACGUCAAGGAGCCGAAUUCGGACGACCUCUCGGCGCUGGUCGAUAAUGCUGCCGAUUUCGUGAUUAUCUCGAUUGAUCGCUGGCUGCCGAUUUUGCUGGGGAUCCGCACGGUCGUGCAUGAGAUGCAGACGUUGCGCACGGGACUCGAUCUGCAGUCGCUGUUUGGGAUCGACUUCAACUCGCUCGCGAACGCAUCCCCCGGCGGCACGCAGGACGCGCCCGCGCUCGCGAGUCUCGUCGCGCUCACGUCCGAGCGGUGUCGAGCCAGCCAGCUCGAGCUCGACUGCUACCUCCCCGCGAUCCACCUGCUUUCCCAACUCGUGACUGCGUUCCGGCACUCGCGCCCGGCCGAGCUGCGCAAGUACGUCUUCACCUGGCCGUUUUUGCUGUCUGAGGAAUUCCACCGGCGGCUGCGGGCGCGGGAAUCGGUCGCGCUGGUGAUCUUUGUGCAUUUCCUGGCGGUGGUGUCGUUGCUGGGCGCGUGGUGGCAGGAGGAGCGGGUGAAGGCUGAUGUGACUGCGAUCUGUCGGCUGUAUCUCGGGGCGGAGGAGUGGCGGCCUUGGUUGAUGUGGGUGGAGGAUGUGGUGCCGUUUACUGUUUUUUGAUGAUAGAUGAUGAUGCAUGUGUAUUAUAUUUUUGGAAGGAGUAGGAUGUGUGUUUGAAUAAUGAAUUAAU